AUGAAAAACGUAGACAAGACCGCCUCCAUGUCCCCGUCUCCAACAAUGAUUGAGAAAGGAGACGCUUCACGCACUGGUCCACCGCCCCAUACACGACCAGCACACGAUUUACUCAAGGAACACCAGGUUGACCCCUCUAAUGGGCUUGCAGAGGAACGAGCCACAGCUCUUCUCAAUCAGAAUGGCCCCAAUCAACUCAGACCGCCCAAGAAGCCAUCCUGGAUCAAACUUCUCCUUCAGCAAAUCUUUAAUCCCAUGACACUCGUCCUGCUCGCCGCCGUCAUCGUCUCAUUCGUCAUUCACGAUUAUAUUGCGGCUGGUGUAGUAGGGGUCCUGGUUAUACUCAACACAUCCGUUGGCUUUUCUCAGGAAUGGAAGGCCGAGAAAGUCCUUGCUGGUCUCGCUUCCGUUGGAAGCCCAGUUGCGACCGUUCUUCGUCACGAAUCCGGCAAGGGCCCCAAAGCUCGCGAGGGAAGAGCGCGCGUCAUCCCCUCUGAACAAGUUGUCGUUGGUGACAUCGUCCUCUUGAAAAUCGGCGACGUCGUGCCGGCAGAUGCACGCAUCAUUCCAGGUUUUCUCAGUAACCUCGAAUGCGACGAAGCACUGCUGACCGGCGAGUCGCUCCCAGUCGCCAAGACGGCUGAGCCACUUGGGGAGCCAGACUGCCCUGUCGGUGACCGCACGAACAUGGUGUAUUCUGGCUCUCAAGUGACCAAGGGUCGUGCUCGGGUCAUUGUCACGAUGACUGGAAUGACAACCGAGCUCGGAAAGAUUGCCGAAGCCCUCGAAAAGCGUGAAGGAACCAAAGAAGAAGGUUACAGACGGCUUUUGCACCGUGUCAAGGCGGCAUUGGGACUCGCCGACACAACCCGACUUCAAAUCACCCUCAAUAGACUCGCCUAUUGCCUACUCUUUGGCGCAAUUAUUCUCGCCAUUAUUGUCGUUUCCAGUACUGGAUAUCGUAACAUGCCCUCGUCCAUCGCCACUUAUGCCGUCGCCGCUGCUGUGUCUCUCCUGCCAGAAUCUCUCCCGGCCGUGACCAGCCUUACCCUUGCGGUCGCUUGCAGGGAACUUGCAGCCAGAAAUGCGUUCGUUCGCCGUAUGGAUGCAGUGGAAACACUCGGUGGUGUGCACAACAUUUGCUCUGACAAGACGGGAACGAUCACUCUCGGACGAAUGGUCGUGAAGAAAGUAUGGGUUCCAGUUGACUCUGCGUAUUCAACAGAAGGGUCCAGAGCAUCGUAUAAUACAGAGUCUGGACAGAUAUAUAGUGUCGAAUCUGGACAAGAUCCUUUCUAUCCUCGAGGCAUUAUCCGAGUGGGAGAUGUCCAACCAUCUACUCAAGACGAUGAGGAUGCAGACGAUGUGAUGGGACACAACGUUGAGAUGGUCCAAAGUGCCUCUCUGAACAACAUGGCCACAAUUCAUCGUGGAAAGGAAGACAAAGGAUGGGAAGCGAACGGAGAUCCGACUGAAAUUGCUUUACAAGUAUUCGCGCACAAGGCAGGACUCGGUAAACCUCAUCUUACUACCGUACGCCGCCGCGCUCUUCCGGCAGCUGGAGAUCCACUUGGUAGAAUGACCUCUCGCACAUCCAUUCAAACUCGCCGCUCUGAGCAUCAUCCACUCGACCGAAUAAAAACUGCUCAGAGUGAUGCACCAGCCUUCUCUGAUAUCAAUGGACACUUUGAAAUGCUCGUGGAACAUCCAUUCGAUUCGACCAUUAAGCGAAUGUCGACUGUUUGGCAAUUCAUUCCUGAAGAUCCACGUGAUGAUCCGGCAAACUACGACCUCAUUGUCUACGUUAAAGGAGCUGUGGAACGUAUUCUCGAUCGCUGCACUCAUGUCGGCAUUGGUGAAAACAAAAUUCCUCUCACCGACGAAGGCAAGCAAGAUAUCAUUGACCGCAUGGACAAUAUUGCCGCCGAAGGACUUCGCGUCUUGUGCCUUGCAGCAAAAUACAUUCCAAAUUCCAUGAAAGACGACAUCAAGAGUGUUCCUAGGGACCAGAUUGAAAGUGACUGUGCAGUAUUGGGCCUCGCUGGUAUCUAUGAUCCGCCUCGACCCGAGUCUCAGGGUGCUGUGAUGGAUGCACUUAGAGCUGGAAUAGUCGCUGCCACUGCUUCGAGCAUCGCCCGGACAGUUGGUAUCUUGAACGACACUCAUGGUCCAAGCGCAGUUAUGACGGGACAAGAGUUUGAUCGCCUAACGGAUGCCGAAAUUGACGCCAUUCCUGAACUUCCUGUCGUUCUCUCCCGCUGCUCGCCGGAAACGAAAACACGCAUGGUCGACGCGCUACACCGAAGGGGGCAAAAGACGGUCAUGACCGGAGAUGGUGUUAAUGACUCGCCAGCUCUCAAGCGAGCAGACGUCGGCGUGGCUAUGGGCCUCAACGGUUCCGAUGUUGCAAAGGGAGCGGCUUCCAUCGUACUCGCUGAUGACAACUUUGCCACAAUUGUGCGCGCAAUUCGAAAGGGUCGUUCGGUCUUUCAGAACUUGAGCAAAUUCCUGGUCUACCUACUCUCCGGCAAUGUUGCUGAAGUUGUGGUUCUGAUGAUUGGGCUUGCUUUCCGUCGGGAUGGUGUCGCAGUCUAUCCGGUCGCCCCUGUCGCUGCUUUGUGGAUAAACACAAUCUCAGCCGGUCCCCCAGCUUUGGCAUUGGGUAUCGAGCCUACUGCUCGUGAUGCGAUGGAUAUUGGACCUGAAUCGUUCCAAACCAUCUUCACCAAAUCAUGGUAUCUUGACACAAUUGGAUACGGUGUCUUUAUUGGUGCUCAAACUCUUGCAAACUUUGUUAUUGUACAGUAUGGUGUUCACGAGGGUGAAGCGGACAUCAACGGUUUCUGCAACGAUCAUAUGGUCGGUCUGCAACCUGGAUGUGAGGUCGUUUUCCGCGCACGAGGAACAGCGUUUGCGACAAUCCAACUUAUUCUUAUGAUCCAUGCCAUUACCUGUAAAAAUCUUACUCGAAGUAUGUUCCGGAUGAACCUGCUCGACAACACUUUCCUCCUGUGGUCUGCAACUUGCCUCGCGCUCUUGACCUUCCCACUCGUUUACAUUCCCGCGAUAAACGAUCGUGUCUUCCAGCUAACUGGGUUGACAUGGCACUGGGGUUUAGUCGCAGCUCAAUUGGUCCUCUAUUUGGUAGCGACAGAGCUUUACAAGAUGACCAAGAGACGGUACUACCACCGCCGUGCUGCACGACGUAAUAAUCCGAUAGAGCAAAUGGAGAAGAGGACUGGAAAGAAACUACACGUUGCAUAUACUCUCCCAGCAUAG